GUUCGAUUGCAGAUCAGAAGGCACGAGAUCAUCUACAAUUUUAUCGACCCGGCGGCAGCAAAUCGCUACUACCCAGCUUCAACCGAUAAGCAGAUGAUCUUCUACCGCCAAAUUGUCUUUCUCGGCUAUUGAGUGUUCAACUAUGUACUGUGGAUGAUGGCUGCACGUACUAGCUUUCGAGCACGCGGUGCCUGUUGCAACACACGUGGAUGGAGAAGCUUCCGUGUCUUGACAACGUUGCCUAAUGUCCACUGCGGCACUUUUGCGAAGCAUGCAUCUUCACGAAGAAGAAUGCCUGAGAACAGGAAUGAGUUGUUAGGCAACGAUGUCAUUUUCCGUUUCUCCGAAAGCAUGACGAAAAGUUUCAUUACCUCGAGGAGGAGCCGAUCAGAUUCAUUGAUUCGCAGGAACCGCAACAGUGCAUCAUACAGUCAUUGAAAUUGUCACAUUGCUAGGCACCUCUUUGCUUUUCAGCCUCUAAAAAUCCUAUUUGAUGACGUUUGUUGUACCACAUCAAUAUUGACGCCGAGAGUUACUCCUCAUACCCCUAUCCAAUUUUCUAUCUCCAGUUCCAGACAUUAAUUGCUCAUAUCCUGACAGGGAAAUUUUCUGGUCAACUAGUAGGUGGCGAUGUUAUUUUAUGUCGUACUUCGUUGGAAAGAAAAUGGCGCUAUCAAGAGGUGGACAUGUCGAAGCACUGGAGAGAGGGCAGCCAAACCUCAAGUUACGGAGUGAUGCAAUUUUCCUGGUCUGUCUUAGACGCAUACUAGGGGAAUAAAACAGUAGUUCUUGCAACUCAAGGUAUAGAAAGCAAAAAGAAUUCACGAAUUCACGUUUAGAUCACGAGGCCGAAGAGCUGUUUGAAGUACGGACUUAUUUCGCUAAAUAGUCUUCUUUCAACAAGACAAGAGUUCAAUCUCCCAAGACUGAGAUGCAAGUUUGUUUCUUCUCUAGGAGAAACCUUAUGAAUCUUGCUGUAGAAGAAUUUCUUAAUAUCAUAAAAAUUACCCAUUCCACUCGAUGUGCAAGGUAUAUUCCGUGCAAGUAAUUACAUCUCAAAUUGAUAAUUAACUUCACAAGUAAUUCAUAGUUCCACAUGGAUAUGAAAAAUUGUGGGAAGAUCUGAUCAAGCCCAACAAAAACAAAAUCAUUCGAAUGUCAUUUACACAUCCGACGUGACCAUUCCAAGUGCCGCAGUAGAG